CACUAUAUUGUAGAAGUGUGUGUAGUCCAUGAAAAAGUGCUGUGCAAAAAAUAGAAAAUGUUUCCGAAAGUAGCCAAAUGAACUACAGUGCGAAAUAAGUACGAAUAUACUCGUAUAGUAUAUACUAUACAUAUGUAAAGUAAAUAAAACUGUAUGCGGGUGCCUAAAAUUCAACAAAAAUAAUAUAAAAACGAACAGUUUGUGCGGCGAUUUCUGCUAAAGGUGUCGCAUUCCCCUCCAAUGCCAAAUGGGGCGUCAACAUCAAAGAUUAUGUGCGGCAGCUAAACUAAAACUCUAAGAGAACUCUGCUCUGAAUGAUAUAUGAAGUGGGACGUCGCCCACAACAUACACAACAUACACAACAUACACAACAUACGCGACAGAUGCGCCGCCUCUACUCGUAUUCUGAUGAUGAGUAUCAUCAUCAUUAACAACAGCAACAAGAACAAGAGCAACAAGAGCUUUAUAAUCAAGGCUGGUGACACCUCAACCAAAACAUGGCUGCCAUAAAUCCAUCAACUAGCCAAGUAAAUCACAAGAGCGCCAAACAGCAACAAUAAUUAAAAGUCAUCAGCGCGUAUUGUGAAGUAUUUCCGUUGCAAGGUGAUCUCUGAGUCUGAGCACAAACACACAUCAAAAGGAGGCGCAGACAAACACAUGUUGCUGGCGAUCAAAAAAUCGGAGUGGGGGCAACUACUAUUUCAAUAAUUAGAAACUUCAAGCACCCUCGCAAACCAAGAGAUAAUAGAGACUGGCAGCGAGGGGGAGAGAGAGAGAGAAAGAGCGAGCGAUCAAGAUCGAGAAGUAAAAGUGGAUUUCCGGUGAAUAAAAAACGAAACUGUAGCGUACACAGCAUCCGUGCAACACAUGCGACAAACGUUGCAGUUGCAUUGAAGCUGUACGUACGUACCCCUUGAGAGUGGCGAGUGCCACUAAGGCGCCCACAACAGAGGGCACACACAGUUACAAAAAUAAAUACACACACCCAGCACAUGCCACUGAAAAUGUUGUGGCCCGACAGUCCCUGGAAAACCGUUGGAAGCAGCGGACACAGACACAGUCGCCUGACGAGCAGUUGCCACACAAAUAUGCCGCGACAUUGCAGACAAGUGAAAGUAUUGGUAUUAUUUUUUUUUCUGAUGCUUCAUACGAAUUCAGUACUUGGGCUAAGACCGCCAGAAACUUCCCACGAGCUACGCAUGAACUUUCGUAAUAUAUACAUCAGACGCAUUCUAAGGUCCGCCAGUACUACUGUUGAUGAUGAGACAGAAAAUACGGAAGUGGACUCACCAUCUAUUGCCGGAUCUGCGCAAAAUAUCAGCAACAGCAACAUUGUAAAAGAGUUUCCACCUAGUUUUAAGAAUCCCAAGGCCUUGCGCCCAAUCUUGCCAUUACCAUCAGGCACCUCCGUAAACCUGCCCUGCCCCGCCCUGGGCAAACCUGAACCGAACAUCACCUGGUAUCGCAAUAAUACCGCCAACUGGUCACGCACCUACGGUCGCAAACGUCAGAACAAAUGGAACCUGCUCAUGGACGACCUGGUGCCAGAAGACACCAAUAUGUACACCUGUCGUAUUUGCAAUCCAUUGGGUUGCAUCGAGCACACCACAUCGCUGGUGAUCAGUGAUCGUGUGAAUCACAAACCCAUUUUGCUGAAGGGACCCGUGAAUAUCACGCUGGUGCUGAAUAGCAGCGGCUACAUGGAAUGUGAAUAUCUGUCGGACUUAACCAGCGUGAAGGCCUGGGCCUUCACACCCUGCCAGAGCAUGACCAACUGCUCGGCGAAUCGCAAAAUACUUGAAGAUGUCGCAGAUGUCGACCGCUUGGAAUUCGUAAAUGUCACACAGGACAAGGAGGGUUGGUACACCUGUAUGGAGACGAAUAGUCUGGGUCAGUCGGUCAGCAGCGCCUAUUUGCGUGUGGUGCGCAGUCUGAAUACGAAUGUGGCGAGUGUGGUGCGUGGCAACAUGAUGAUGAUCAUUGUGAUCGGAGUGAUCGGCCUGCUCAUCAUACUCUGCAUUCUAUUUGUGAUCUAUGCCGUGCGCAAAAUGAAGCACGAGAAGCUGCUGAAGCAACGCAUCGAAACCGUGCAUCAGUGGACCAAAAAGGUUAUUAUCUACAAGCCCGCCAGUGGUGGGGACUCUAGCGGUUCCAUGGACACCAUGAUCAUGCCCGUGGUGCGCAUUGAGAAGCAACGGACUACGGUGUUGCAGAGUUCGAAUUGCGAACCGGCACCCUUCAAUGAGUACGAAUUUCCGCUGGACUCCAAUUGGGAAUUGCCUCGCAAUCACCUCAUCCUUGGCGCCACCCUGGGCGAAGGUGCCUUCGGCCGUGUGGUCAUGGCUGAGGUCAACAAUGCCAUUGUGGCUGUUAAGAUGGUCAAGGAGGGACACACAGAUGACGAUAUUGCCAGUCUGGUGCGGGAAAUGGAGGUGAUGAAGAUCAUUGGCAAGCACAUCAACAUUAUUAACUUGCUGGGCUGCUGCAGCCAAAGUGGGCCGCUCUAUGUGGUUGUGGAAUAUGCGCCGCAUGGCAACCUCAAGGACUUUCUAUACAAAAAUCGUCCGCUAUGCAAGGAGCAGGAUAGCUCGCAGCCGCCACGUCCGCCACCAGAGCAUGUCAUCACCGAGAAGGAUCUGAUCAAGUUCGCCCAUCAGGUGGCACGCGGCAUGGACUACUUGGCCUCACGUCGUUGCAUUCAUCGCGAUCUGGCCGCUCGCAAUGUCCUGGUCAGCGAUGAUUUUGUGCUGAAAAUUGCCGAUUUCGGACUGGCUCGGGACAUACAGAGCACCGACUAUUAUCGCAAGAACACAAACGGUCGUCUGCCCAUCAAAUGGAUGGCUCCCGAAUCUCUGCACGACAAGUUCUACGACUCGCAGAGCGAUGUCUGGUCCUACGGCAUCUUGCUGUGGGAAAUCAUGACCUAUGGCGCCCAACCCUAUCCCACAAUCAUGUCCGCUGAGGAGCUCUACACAUAUCUCAUGUCCGGCCAACGCAUGGAGAAGCCUCCCAAGUGUUCGAUGAACAUUUAUAUACUCAUGCGCCAGUGCUGGCAUUUCGAUGCCAGCGCCCGACCCCCCUUCACGGAAAUUGUCGAGUAUAUGGACAAGCUGCUGCAGUCCAAGGAGGACUAUCUGGAUGUUAAUGUCGGUAAUCUGGAGACUCCGCCCUCCACCAGCGAUGAGGAGGAAUCCGAUGCGGAAGAAUCGUUGCGCUAUCAUUUUCACUAUCAGUCAUAAGCAAAACCAAAACCAGUGUCUUGUACAUAGUUUCCCCGCAUAUCUAUUAUAGAUCUUCUGUUGGCAUACGAGUAUUUCUUUCAGGUAUUGUAAGUUCUGUAAACUAGCCCUGCUGAAAAGGAAAAACGAAAAUCAAAUUUGCACCAAAGGCGUAAACCAAAAAUUAGUUAACAUUAAUCCAGCGCAGUAGUAUAGACUAUAUACUAUAUACGAAUAGAUUUAAGUUAAUUAAGUGGUUAUACAUGCUAAGGAUUAAUUUAAAAUUUAUUAUACUUGACUUCUUCAAUUUUAUCUAGGAGUUAAGUCGAUCAAUAUAAUAACAUUUACAUAUCAUCACAGAAGGUGCGUUCCAAAUCAAAUAUAUUUAGUAUUUUUAUUCAGAAUUGAGAUUGUGCUCCAAUCAGGCUUUAUAGGCUAGAAAGCAGCGCUCGAGGGAUAAUUUCACAGAAAACCUCUCUCUUUUAUAUGUUUUUUUCAGAUUUCAUUUGAAGGCGUUUUAGUGUAUUGUUUACUUAUGUCAUAAAAAGGUCUCACAUGAGUGCAAAGUGAUAGAAUUUUGUAGAACUUUGAGCUUCAAUAAGCUCCAUUUCUGAUUUUUGAUCAUUUAUUUGGUAAUUAUUUGGUAAUAAGCUAAAAAAAUUAGCAACAUUAGCUAUUGCUUUGACAAAAUCUUUGGUAAUUGGAGAUAAUUUUCUAAAGGUUUUCAAAGGUUAAACGUUUCUUUAUUGUUCUGGUGUAAAUUCCCUUUUGGACGCCAUUGUAAAAAUUAAACAAUAGGAAAAUAGUAUUUGCCUUUAAACUGAGUUUUGCUUACCUUCUUACAAUAGCCUUUCUUCAGACUAUAAAUUACAAUAAUUAAAUUUAA